AUGGAGUGCCCCUUCCGACACUUUGACCAGCUGCUGGGGAAGCUACCUCCAGAGAUCUGGCAGUGCGUCUUAGACAUAUUAGACUGUGCCAGCCACUCCUCUCUCAAAGCUGCGGUGCUCUGCAGCUCUAAUCCGAUAAGAUCUGGGAACAACGUACACUUCCUACUCGUCUCUGCGCAUACGUGGCUGAGAAUCUUCAGAAUGUUUGGUAAGCCUUCAGAAUGUUUGCUGGUGGCAUGA